AUGGCGUCGCUGCCGCCUCUGCCGCCGGAGAUGCGCACGCUGCGGUCGACGCUGAACCAGCGGGGGCUGGGGGACCCGCUGCUGCCGCCGCCCGACUGGGGCGUCCUCCCGGACGCCGGCGCCGGCGCCGCCGAGGACGGGGGACCCCUGCGUCGGGCGGUGGAGGCGGUGCGCGCGGUGGCCAGGGAGAUGUGGGCGUUCGCGCGCAAGGAUCCCAGGAAGCCCGUCUACGCGGCCAAGGUGGCCAUGGCGCUCGCGCUCAUCACGCUGCUCGUCUUCCUCCGCGAGCCCACCGACAUCGUCAGCCACGCCGUCUGGGCCAUCCUCACCGUCGUCGUCGUCUUCGAGUUCAGCAUCGGUGCAACCUUGAGCAAAGGGCUUAACAGGGGACUAGGGACUCUCACCGCAGGAGGGCUUGCUCUAGCAGUUGCUGAAUCGGCAAGGCAUAUUGGCAAUUUAGACACUGUGUUUCUGAUCAUCUGCACCUUCGUUGUCGGAUUUGGUACAACAUUGGUAAAGCAGCACCCCAAGACGAAGCCAUACGAGUACGGGCUCCGCGUCUUCCUGCUCACUUUCUGCUACGUCACAGUCUCCGGGUACAACACGGGGAAGUUCACCAGCACGGCCGUGAGCAGGUUCCUGCUGAUCGUCAUCGGUGCCGCCGUGAGCCUGGCGGUGAACAUCGGCAUAUACCCCAUCUGGGCAGGGGAGGAUCUGCACCACCUGGUGGCCAAGAACUUUGCCAGAGUAGCAGAAUCCUUAGAAGGAUGCGUGGAUGGAUACCUGACGUGCAUGGAGUACGAGAGGGUUCCUUCCAAGAUUCUCACGUACCAGGCUUCCGAUGAUCCUCUGUACAGUGGGUACAGGGCGGCCGUCGAGGCGCAGGCACAAGAGGAAACCCUGCUAGGAUUUGCUAUAUGGGAGCCGCCGCACGGACCUUACAAGAUGAUGAAGUAUCCUUGGAAGAACUACACCAAAGUCGGCGGCGCGCUGAGGCACUGCUCCUUCGCCGUCAUGGCGUUGCACGGGUGCAUCCUGUCGGAGAUUCAGUCGCCACCGGAGAACAGGAAGGUUUUCAGCGUGGAGCUCCACAACGUGGGCAACGAGGCCGCCAAGGUGCUGCGGGAGCUCGGUCAGCGGGUGAAGACCAUGACGAGACUGAGCUCCCCGAACAUCCUCGCCGAGGUCCACCACGCCGUCGAGGAGCUGCAGAAGAAGAUCGACCAGCGGUCAUUCCUGCUCGUCAACACGGAGCGGUGGGGGGAGGCGGUCGCCGCCUGCAAGCAGAACGAGCCUCCGCCGGCGCAAGAGCACGCCGUGGUCAUCAACAUCGGCGGAGCAGGUGUGCACAAGUCGGACUCGAGCACGUCCCUCGCCCGGCACGCCGUCCUCACCAACGCCGGCGCGGCGGUGCACAAGUCAGACUCGAACACGUCCCUCGCCCGGUUCGACUCGUCGGCGUCGGGGGCGGCCAUGGGGUUGGACUUCUCAUUGUUCAAGCCGCAGGCGUCCUGGCCCUUCCGUCUGCCGCCGAUGCACCCGGGCCUGCCGUUCGAGGACGCGGAGGCGAGGACGUACGAGAGCGCGAGCGCGCUGUCGCUGGCCACGUUCGCCUCGCUCCUCAUCGAGUUUGUGGCGCGGCUCCGGAACCUCGUCGACGCGUUCGAGGAGCUCAGCGACAAGGCCGGCUUCAAGGAUCCCGUGGAGGAGCCCUCUGCCGCCGAUAGUACGAACUUGCGACGCGUGCCAAAGAUU